CGCACGUUCCCCGGCUGCCCUGCGGGGAGGUCGGGAGGCCGUGGGGUCGGGCUAUGGGCAGGCCGCGCGACGACCCCGCAGCCUUUGCUGUUCCUCGGGACUUUAACGAGGCUCGAAUGUGGGGACGGGAAGUGACAGGUGGCCAAGGAGGGCGCUGUUUCCGGGCAUUCGGCGUUCUUCCUUGGCCUCUCUCGUCCGCCUCUUCGGCUCUGUCCUCCUCUCGUGUUAGAGGAACACCGGGGAGCGGGCCGAGCGGAGGGCGACAGGGUGAAGCAAGCUCUUGGAUUGUGCUCUUGAAGGUCCGUCGGAAUUUUCAAGGGAAGCAGAGUUUAUCUUCGACAUAGACCAGUCACUUGGAAAAGAUGAGCGCUUUGACUUUGGGAGCUGCCAGAAUUUCUUUUCUAAAUAUGCCUUAUGGUGAAGUUGAAGCUAAAUCCUUGGGACAUGGGAAAGAACUAACAAGUGAACCGUGCUAUAAAAAAUUAAAGUCAACUGAAGGGGCUUUUGUUUUUCCUCAUCAUGGUAGUUCUAAUUUUCACAGAAUCCAAGAGAAAACUGGAAAUGAUUGGGUUGUCGCUGAUGUCAGAGGACAUAAUUAUCAGCAGGAGGACAAAACCAAAACUAAAACUACAGAUUUGCUGAAACCUGUGCAUGAUGAGAUCCCCCGUAAUAGACCAGAUGUUACUGGGUCCAUUGAUUCUCAAGUUUUACAGGCUGCAAGUCGUCAGUUGGUAUCCACAGAUGAUGAGAUCUAUAGUACCAGUAAAGCAUUUAUAGGACCCAUCUACAAACCCCCUGAGAAAAGGAAAUGUACUGAAAGGAGGAAUCAAGCAGAUACUAUCAGUGGUGUAGGUGGCAAAGGAGGAAGAGAAGAGAAACAGAAAUUUAACGCCAAAAAAUCAGAGAUUGACAAUGAAUUAUUCCAAUUUUACAAAGAAAUUGAAGAGCUUGAAAAUGAAAAAGAUGAUUUGGAAGUCAGUUGUAAGGACCCUGAGCCUCCUGAGGAACAAUUUAUUCCAUAUUUUCAUGGCCAUAAUAAUGAUCUGAUAAAAUAUGAGGAAGAAAAGAAAAGAGAUCUUAGUAAUGCUCUUCAGUCACAUCGUGAUUAUCAACAGCAUGUGGAGAAUGAGCUAGGCAAACAUCCUCAUAGUGGACAAGUAAUACCUUCAUUUUGUGACGAGUUAUUUACUUCCUUCAGGCCUGAAUGGCAACCAUUGCAUUCUUUUAUAGUACCCCGAGGUCCUCCUCUUCCCAGUUCUAACUGUCAUUUAAAUAUUCAAAGAUUCAGUGUUCCACCAAGUCCACUGUCAAAUAUUUUUCAUGCCCAAGAUGGCUCUCAGAUUCGAAAUGGGUGUUAUGUAAAUAGUUAUGUUCCUUGGAAUUGUUUGACUUUUGAUCAGAACCGGGAAUAUACUGACUGUAGUGAGACUAUCAGUAGUGAUGAUCCCUACAGAAAUGGCUGCAGCGUGCAAGGUGGAUAUGUGAAUAAUGGUUUCUGUGAAACCAGCGAAGGAUGCUGGAAGGGUCCCUCCAUGGACAAACAUAAUAGAACAGACAGGUUUAUGAACCAGCAGUUUCAAGAGGAAAAGUUAAAAUUGCAGAAAUUACUUAUUCUUUUAAGAGGCUUGCCUGGUUCUGGGAAAACAACAUUGUCUCGAGUUCUGCUUGGUCAGAGUCGUGAUGGCAUUGUGUUCAGCACUGAUGACUAUUUCCACCAUCAAGAUGGGUACAGGUAUAAUGUUAAUCAACUUGGUGAUGCCCAUGACUGGAACCAGAACAGAGCAAAACAAGCUAUCAAUCAGGGGAGAUCUCCAGUUAUAAUAGACAACACUAAUACACAAGCUUGGGAAAUGAAACCAUAUGUGGAAAUGGCCAUAGGAAAAGGAUACAGAGUAGAGUUUCAUGAACCUGAAACUUGGUGGAAAUUUGAUCCUGAAGAAUUAGAAAAGAGGAAUAAACACGGUGUGUCUCGAAAGAAGAUUGCUCAGAUGUUGGAUCGUUAUGAAUAUCAAAUGUCCAUCUCUAUUGUAAUGAAUUCAGUGGAACCGGGGCAUAGAAGCACACUCAGGCCUCCUUUGGAGGGGACACAGAGGUGGGGAGGCUCUCUGGGCUCACAUAAUCAAGUCUGUGCCACGCAUAACCAUUAGUUGGCUGUUUUCAGCUAACACUUUUGUUGCUUGCACUUGAAAAAAUUAGUGAGCCUUCUUUCUUGAAGUUUAAAUAGUUUCAAGUAAAAAAAGACUACAUUGACUCACAGAGGGUGUUCCCAGCAAGUUAUUUAAAUUCUAAAGUGUAAAUAAAAAUUAUAUAAAAUUGUAUUUUAAAUGUUUUUAUAAUCUGUUGUAAUACCUUUGGUUAUUAUGAAGACACCUGACUGGGUAAGAAGUAGGAUGUUUUUCUACAAUUGAAUUUUGAACUUAUUUUAUCUGUUUUCUAUAUAGUGUUGAAUAGUUUUAUAGUUCAUGCCUAAAUCUAACUUUUCAUAAAACUUAAGUAUUUUUCCUUAAGUACCUUAAAUAUGCAGGAAAUACUAUUCAUAGGCACCAUGGUUGAUUCUCCUGUUCGUUAUAUAGGUAACAUUAUGUUUCUGCAAAUUCAUCUGUGUGACAGAAAUAUUUUUAAGGUAUAAUUAGCAUAUCAGUUAAAAUCGUCCAUCAAAUGCCAUAGGUGUAUUAGUCACCUGGGAGUUUUCUCCAUAAUAUACAUAUUCAUAAUAUAUACAUAUUCAUCACCUUUCUCAAACCAUCACCCCUACCCUGCUCCCGCCCCCCCAACACACACAUACUCUCUCCAGUUCUGGAAUGGACGGAGAAAUCACUAUAUAUUCAGGAAGAGCUCCUCAGGCAUUUCUGAUAUGUAUCAUUUUUUUCUAUUUAAAAGCACAGUAUAAUUCUAAUACAAAAAAAAAAUUGGAGAACUCCUUAGCUUUAAUUAUAAGGAGACUUGUCCUGUAGGAUAUUUUAUUUAUCUUGGUUUUAAUUUUUCUGUAGAGCCAAUCAUUAUCUCACUGGAUAGUUUUCUUUGUUAGAGUGUGCUCCUUCACUUAAAAUUUAAAAACUAAGAUAAAAUUAUUUCAGAGAUCUUGUAAUUCAUCGUAAUCUUUGCUUUGAUUUACUCUUUUAGGGGAAAAAAAAUACCAGCUAAUUACAUAAAAUUUUAAAAAAAUAUCUAUGAUCCUUCAUGUUUUGCAUGAUAGUAUCCCAUGGCCUUUAAACCUUCUCCUAAACCAGCCCAUCCUGAGUCCCAUAAUCUUUCUUUGUAUGUUGUUUUAAAGCUUUUUGCUGUUCUUUUCCACUUUAGCUAAAAUGUCCUCCCAUAUCUUUAUGUUAUUUUUUAAGUUGCAGAGCUCAAAGCUGUACAGUGCUCUUCACAACUGCCUUUAGUGAGAUAAGAAUAUUAUUUCCAUUUAUUUGUAAUUUUCAGUGCUGUUUACACUUGAGUGGGUAUUACCUUGCUUUAUGUUGUUUAACACAUAUGUAUGUUUGUAUGUAUUUGUUCAUCUUAACUAAAUAUGAUGUAGUAGGAAUAUACUAACUCAUGUUUCGUGUGUAAAUGUAUAUAUAUAUUUAUACAUACACACAUUUCCUUCAUCCACUAUUUUCAUAUAUUCUUUCUUUUCAGAGUAAUACUUCUUGGUUAUUUGGAUUUGCAUGUCCCAAUUUUACUUUGUAAAUUAAUUUUACAUAAUUUUACUUUGUAAAUUAGCACAUUUUGAAAAAAGCACAGAGGAAUUUAAUUUAGGGACAGGUGUAACUGUUAGAUAUAUACUGUGUGUCUUUUUCUCCCAUUUGUCUUUAUAAAACUUUGUUUAGCACUAGUAGUACUAUAUAUUUAUAGUUUUUGAAUAAUGGGCUCUUGAUUAGUCAAAUUUAUUUUAAGGAAGUAGAAAAUUACCUUUGGAACAUACAAAUUAUGAGGAACCAUGUUUGUGUUAGAUAGUAAGUCAAAUAAAUUUCCAGAUUUUAUUACAGAUUCAGCUUCAUUUCCUAGUACUUCUGAGUACUAAAUAAUAAUCAGAAAGCAUUAACCAAUUACUGAUUUUUUAAAAAGUUAUAAAAACUUUUUCCCUGCUUUUCGAGGCAGGGAAAUUCAAUUCUGAAAGACUUUCCAUUUUUUUUAAAGACAAAUUAAUGGUUCCCCAAGAAUUCUGGCGAAUUUUAAUUUUUACAUUUUGAACAGUAACAGAAUGGAGGAAUGAAUAUGCAGUAAAAGAUACCCCAAAUCACUGUUAUGUCAUUUCUUGAUGUUAAAAAUUAAAGAUUUUUUUAUCAAAAUUUUUUCUACUAGUCUCAUAUACAUGUAAUUCAAAUAUACUCUUAAUGGAUUAGCCACCAGAUGGCUAUCUGACAUUCUGAGUUGGUCUCCAUCACAAAGAAUAAACUGGGCAUUAGUCACCAUAUUUAAAAUGAAAUACAUUUUAGUUACAUGCAGUCCUGUUUCUAGUUUGGUUCAGUAAGAUAAAUUGUUUUUUCAUUGGCUUGGUGUAAAAAUCGCUUUUUGAUAAGCAAAUUUAUAAUUUUUUGUAUGUCAUAAUCCUGUUAGUAAAAAUACUUGUAAUGAAGUUGAACUUUUGAUAUUGCUUUUUAAAUAGAUCAUCUUUAUUUUCAGUAUUCACCUUUCUAAAAGAAAAUGUUAGCUUUUUAAUGUUUUAUGUCUUUUAAAAUAAGAUUUUUUACAACAGAUUGGAUUAUAUUGUUGGAAUGAUAGGGUGGAUAUAAGUAUUUGAAGUUUGCUUAUCUCUUGUCUAAUACAGAUCAUAGUAUUUUCCAGUUUUAUAUAUAGAUAAGUUUUGAAGAGUUCAUAAUUUCAAAGGAUGUAAAAUAUUUGUUCUGACCAAAUUCGAGUUUCUUGUAUUGCAGAAAUGUCUAUUUUCUGAGCCUGGUUUUCUGUGUAUUUAUAAAGAAAAUUGGUGGUGGUGUCUUUGGAAAAAUGUUCAAGAAAUGUGGUUGUUAAUAUAUUAUUAGUGCCUUGACCAGAUAGGUUUGCUAGCCUCUAUUGAAGUUUUAUGUAGUAUUCGAACAUGAAUGCAGUAACUGAGAAUUCCGUUAUUAGGGAUGAAGUUUUCUUACGUGUGUUUUUGUUUUAACAUCUGCAACCCAUAUAAAUAGAGUAACAUCUGUUAGUCUAGAAUCAUAACGAAAUGUUAGUUUUGUUACAGUGACUAUUUAGAAUAAAUAUUUGGAGGCAGUGGAGAGAGCAGAUUGAAUUAGUGGUUUUUAGAGUUAAGUUUUAUGGGUUACAAUUUGUUAAAUUUUUUCUGUUAGAAUCAUUAGCUAUAAUUGUCACAGGGAAAGGAGUGUUUAAGGAAUUAAUAAUCUCUUUUUUUUGUGAUGGUGUACUUUCUCUUUACCAAUUAAAUAAGAUUAUUAUUUCAAUUUUUAUUUUAUUCUUAAAGUUAAGGUACUACUUGAUCUUUGUAUGUAUACUGGAUUUUCUCCUUAAAAGUAUGUUUAAGGUGGUAAGAAGUAGUAAAUUUAUUGAAAUGGAUUCUGAAAUAGAAGUAAUUAGUGAU